AUGGCACUGCGCAGUGAGUCACACGCAAGAGUAUCCCGGAGUUGCGGCAACUGUCGUGCUGUUAAGCGACGUUGUGAUCAGCGGCUUCCUCACUGUGGACAGUGCAUUCGCACCUGCGAAGAAUGUCCUGGGUACCGAGACGAGUGGGACCUCGUCUUCCGCAACCAGACAGAUCACACUAUAAAACGGUCCAAACAGAAAAGGAGACAGAGAGAGGACACGUCCACUUUACCUAGGAGCUACAGCUCUAACCCACUAUCGCUUCCCGAGCUGAGCAAUAGCUAUGAUGCAAUAGGAGUCAAUUAUUUCCUCUGCAACUUUGUCACCAACUACCGAUCCUCUUCGCGCGGAUACCUUAACUAUAUUCCAGCUGACUAUGUCAUUGAUAGCCAGCGCUCACCAAUGUUGGUGGCCAGUAUGGCCGCUAUUGGACUUGUUACAUUAGCUAAUACAACUGGGCAACCACAACUAGCCAAGCAUGCGCGCGCUAAGUAUUCAGAAGCGAUCAAUCAGGUAAAUGUGGCACUGGCAUCACCCACAGAGUCUAUCAAAGAUAGCACCUUGAUGACAGUGAUCUCGCUAGGACUCUUCGAGCACGUUUCGGACUUUUCAUCCUGGGCCCGUCAUGUCCAGGGAGCUGCAGCGCUGGUGGUUGCCCGAGGCAAGAGUCAAUUCUCAUCAAGGGCCUCAUUUCUUAUGUUCAACCAAGUCCGCGCGGAUAUGGUGGCUGUCUGUAUGCAUAGUGGCCAACCGUUUCCAGAAGACAUGUUGGCCACCCAGUGCACAAAGCUUUUAUCGUGUGUCAGGAAGAAUAGGGGGCAAAUCCCUUGGCCUACAUUACUCCAACAGGCGACUGGUCUUCAGGAAGAGUUGCAAUAUAUUGUCGAGACCCUCUCUAUGCAAUCAGGCUAUGCAACUUCCCGGAAAGCAGGCGAGGACCCAGCGGUCUUUUACAACGAGCGAUUUGACGUCUACACGAACUCUUGGGCUAUCAGGGUUUGGAACAACGCACGAAUCCUUCAGAUUAGAACCUGCGACUCUAUGCACUAUAUCUCGAACCAAAUUCUUUCUGCAGACCUGGAACCAGUUACCCGGGCCCAUAUAGAGCUACAGCGUUUAGACACACAAGAAAUCGUGUCAAAGCUUGGCAAGGAUAUAAUAUCCACAGUUCCACAGGCCUUGGGGGCUAUAUCUUCGGCAUCUGAGACAGGCCACGCUGUCAAUGUUUCGUCCCCUACCAACGGGUCGGCUGGAUAUAUGAUGACCUGGCCUCUCUAUACGGCAGGGAAAUCAUUGCUCAUGGAAGGUGAAGCCCGGAAGUGGAUCAUUCAACGUCUUCAGGAAUUUGGCCACACCGCAGGAAUCACGUUAGCCCUGCAACUUGUGGAGAAUAUUAUCAAGAUAGAUCAAUGCACCAACCGAGAAUCCCUGAUCUGA